CAUCUAUUACCUUCCUAUUAUCCUGCAUCUAGCUCUACCAGAGUCGCUCUGCCCUCCCGUAUUCCUGACUCCUUCUCCUGCAUCCUUUGCGGCUGUUACACGAGUCAGAAAAAUUUGUCCCCUGCACAGAUAAUUAAUUAGCCAUCACUCUGCGUCGCUUUGCUUGGCGCCUAGCUUACCACUCACCCUUCCUUUAAAUACACUCUUCUUCCGCAUCUACACCUUUACGUAUCACACUCCCGGCAUAUACAUUUCAUACCAUGUCCUUGAACAUCUUAGUCGUUGGUAACGGCGGCCGCGAACACGCCCUCGUCUGGCGUUUGGCCCAGUCCGCCUCUGUGGCCAAGAUCUACGUCGCACCAGGUAAUGGCGGCACCCAGCUCUCUUCCAAGGUGGAAAACAUCGCCAUUGGCUCGUCCCAGGCGGACUUCCCGGCAUUGGUCAAGUUUGCCACAACCCACGACAUUGGCUUGGUCGUGCCCGGUCCAGAGCAGCCGCUCGUAGAGGGCAUCACGGGCCAUUUCGCCAAGGUCGGGAUCCCGGUUUUCGGGCCUUCUGCCAAGGCAGCGGUCAUGGAGGGGUCCAAGACCUUCUCCAAGGACUUUAUGAAGAAGCACGGCAUCCCCACCGCCGCUUUCCAAAACUUCACCGACUACGAGCAGGCCAAGAACUAUGUCGCAUCUGUGCCCCACAACGUGGUCAUCAAGGCCAGUGGGAUCGCCGCUGGUAAGGGUGUGUUGAUCCCCCUGACCAAGGAGGAGGCCUACGCCGCGUUGAAAGAGAUCAUGAUCGACCGUGCGUUUGGCUCCGCCGGUGACGAAGUUGUAGUGGAGGAGUUCCUCGAAGGUGACGAGUUAUCCAUCUUGUCCUUUUCCGAUGGGUACACCCAGAUCGACCUCCCGCCAGCCCAAGACCACAAGAGAAUCGGCAACGGCGACUCUGGCUUGAACACCGGCGGUAUGGGGGCCUACGCCCCAGCGCCGUUGGCCACCCCACAGCUCAUCCAAGAGAUCAGAGACAGCAUUUUGCAGCCAACCAUCGACGGAAUGAGACGCGACGGGUUCCCGUUUGUCGGGGUCCUUUUUACCGGGAUCAUGGUCACUAAGACCGGGCCAAAGUGCUUGGAAUACAACGUCAGAUUUGGCGACCCAGAGACCCAGACCGUGUUGCCAUUGUUGAGCGACGACACCGAUUUUGCCCAGGUCUUGUUGGCGUGUGCCGAACACCGUUUGGACUCUGUCACCUUGAAGAUCACGCCAAACAAGUUUGCCACCACCGUUGUCAUGGCCGCCGGGGGCUACCCAGAGGCCUACACCAAGGGCGAUGAGAUCACUGUCAAGCUCCCGCUUCCAAAAGACACCUACAUCUUCCAUGCCGGUACCACUACCAAGGAUGGCAAGGUUGUCACCGCCGGUGGCCGUGUCAUUGCCGCCACCGCCACCGCCGCCACCUUGGAGGAGGCUGUCAGGAAGGCCUACGUCGGGGUUGAACACGUUUCCUUUGCUGGUAAGUACAACAGAACCGACAUUGCCCACAGAGCCUUUAGAGACGCUGCGACCGUCUCCACGGGUAUCACUUACGCCGAGGCUGGUGUCUCCGUGGACAACGGUAACUUGCUUGUUGAGCAGAUCAAGCAAAAGGUCAAGUCCACUGCCCGUCCGGGGGCUGACUCUGACAUUGGUGGGUUUGGGGGUGUCUUUGACCUCAAGGCCGCGGGCUACCAGACCGACGAGACCUUGCUCGUGGCCGCCACCGACGGUGUGGGCACAAAGUUGAGAAUCGCGCAGAUUAUGAACAUCCACGAUACCGUGGGGAUCGACUUGGUGGCCAUGAACGUUAACGAUUUGGUUGUCCAGGGGGCGGAGCCGUUACUCUUCUUGGACUACUUUGCCACUGGGAAGUUGGACAUCGAGGUUGCCGCCUCGUUCGUCAAGGGUGUCGCUGAUGGGUGCAUCCAGGCCGGCUGUGCGUUGGUCGGUGGUGAGACCUCAGAGAUGCCGGGCAUGUACGAGGUUGGUCACUACGACACCAACGGUACCGCUGUCGGUGCCGUCAACAAGAACCAGAUCUUGCCAAAGAUGGAGAGCAUGGCCGUGGGCGAUGUUGUGCUUGGGUUGAAGUCUAACGGUAUCCACUCCAAUGGGUACUCGCUUGUGAGAAAGAUCAUCGAGAAGUCCGGUGCUUCGUACUUCGACAAGGCUCCGUGGGUCGAGGACGACACCACCACCAUUGGCCAGGAAGUGUUGAUUCCAACCAGAAUCUACGUCAAGCAGUUGUUGAAGUCGUUGAAGGCGAACUUGAUUACCGGCUUGGCCCACAUCACCGGUGGUGGGCUCGUGGAGAACAUUCCUCGUGCCUUGCCAAAGCACUUGUCCGCUAGAAUCGACAUGAACACUUUUGUCGUGCCAGAAAUCUUCAAGUGGUUCGGUAAGGCCGGUGGUGUUCCGGUCGAAGACAUCUUGAAGACCUUCAACUUGGGUGUGGGCAUGGUGCUCAUUGUCAAGCCAGAGAACGUGGCGGAGGUGAUUGCUAACUUGACUGCAGAGGGUGAGACUGUGUAUACUAUUGGUCAGUUGGAGGCCAGAGAAGGGGAAAUGCCUGGUUGUGUUGUUGACAACUCCGAAGGUUUAUACUAAGAGUUGACGCCUGAGAACUUAGAGUUUUCUUUCCAAGAGGUGAGCUUGCCGUCUUUUUUUUUUUACUUCCUGGAGGCAGCUCCGUUGUAUAUUGUUUUUGUUUCUGUUUAUUAGAUGUUUUCGUUACA